GUGUCGUUAGGUGGGGCGUGUUGUUGCUGUUGGUCGUCGUCGUUGUGUUUACUGGACUAGAACACUAGAGGACCAGAAGAGACUCUUUACACUCCGCUGACUUGGAUUAAAACAUUUAUAUAUAAUCACAAGCUGUGCUAGUUUUCUAACAUCUCCAUCUCGAGUCGUCAUCAUGGGGAGCUGUUUAACUGUUGGUCCGAAUGAAGCUCUGGUUGUCUCCGGUGGUUGUUGUGGCUCGGAUACGAAGACCUAUGCUGUGGGAGGCUGGGCCUGGGCUUGGUGCCUCAUCUCAGACACCCAAAGGAUAACUCUGGAGAUCAUGACUCUGCAGCCCCGAUGUGAGGAUGUGGAGACAGCAGAGGGGGUCGCCAUCACUGUCACAGGGGUGGCCCAGGUGAAGGUCAUGACGGAGCAGGACUUACUGGCUGUAGCUUGUGAGCAGUUUCUGGGUAAAUCAGUCAUGGAUAUCAAAGCUGUGGUUCUGCAGACGUUGGAGGGACAUCUGCGCUCCAUUCUAGGUACCUUGACUGUAGAGCAGAUCUAUCAGGACAGGGACCAGUUUGCUAAGCUGGUGCGUGAGGUAGCGGCUCCAGACGUGGGCAGGAUGGGCAUCGAGAUUCUCAGCUUUACCAUUAAGGAUGUGUACGAUAAACUGGACUACCUGAGCUCCCUGGGGAAGACCCAGACUGCAGCUGUCCAGAGGGACGCAGACAUCGGCGUGGCUGAGGCAGAGAGGGAUGCUGGGAUACGGGAAGCAGAAUGUAAGAAGGAGAUGAUGGACGUCAAAUUCCAGGCCGACACCAAGAUGGCCGACUCCAAACGAGAACUGGAGCUGCAGAAAGCUUCUUUCAACCAGGAAGUCAACACUCAGAAAGCAAAGGCCCAGCUGGCGUACGAGCUGCAGGCGGCCAAGGAGCAGCAGAAGAUCCGCCUGGAGGAGAUCGAGAUCCAAGUGGUGCAGAGGAAGAAGGAGAUCACGAUUGAGGACAAGGAGAUUCAGCGGACAGACAGGGAGCUCAUUGCCACAGUGAAGAGGCCCGCUGAGGCCGAGGCCUACAAGAUGCAGCAGCUGGCUGAGGGGCACAAGAUAAAGAUGGUGCUGAUAGCUCAGGCUCAGGCAGAGAAGAUCAAGAAGAUCGGUGAGGCGGAGGCUUCCUCCAUCGAAGCAGUGGGCAAGGCGGAGGCUGAGAAGAUGAGGCUGAAGGCCGAGGCCUACCAGCUGUACGGAGAGGCAGCCAAGACUGCUCUGGUCCUCGAGGCUCUGCCGAAGAUUGCUGCCAAGGUGGCCGCGCCGUUAUCCAGGACCAAUGAGAUAGUGAUCCUCAGCGGCGAUAACAACCGCGUGACGGGCGAGGUCAACCGUCUCCUGGCUGAACUUCCUGUGUCUGUCAAUGCUCUCACUGGAGUGGAUUUGUCAAAGAUCCCGCUGCUGCAGAAGAUGACCAACGCUCAAGCCUGAAAACCGACGACUCCACACGACUCCAGUAUCUGUUGUAUGCACUCUGAUAGACUGCCUUUAAUACACUUGAAGACUUUCGUUGUUUUAUACGUAUAUACUGUAUACCAAGUGAAUUUUGGAAACCUCUGGUGCCUUACUUUAUACAGGACCAGAAUAUCUGAAUGCACUGCUGCUCAUUCAAAGAUUUGUUUUGAUUUUAUUUUAACAUGGGAACAUUUUAUGUUGUGAUUUAAUUUAAGUUUUUGUAUUUUAAUAUAUAUAUAUAUGUAUUGGCCCGUUUGUGUGAAAUGUCAUGGAAGAGGAGCUGAUAUUAGACUGGUGUGAUGGUUGUCUCUCACCCAGGUAAGAUUCAUGUUAGCAUGUGACCUGACGUCUGAUAUUUAUAGAUUGGGGCUCUGCGUUUUCAGACCACGAAGCCUCUGCUCUCACUUUUACAUUCCGUAUGUUGCAGGCCUUCCUGUUGAUUUAUAUACCUCUUUCUUUAUCGUUAGACACAUCUGCAUUCCUUAGAUAAUCUGAAUCGUUUAAUUGUAGAGCUUACCUUGUAUUGUACAUUAUAUUUAUGUUAUUUAAAGUGUCACGGGUUGAUUUUUACGAUGUAACAGGUGCUCACAAUCUUAAAAGAAGCCCUCUCAUUGUCCCUGUUCAGACUCGGUAUUAACAUGCGUCCUCAGUGAUCCGAUCACAAGUGGACAGCUCUGAGUACAGGUGUGAACGCACUCGAGACCCAUUGAAGACGCAUUGAGAUCCGAUCUUUCAGACCACAUUCAGAGGUUGUCACAUAUGACUACAUUCUUUUAGCAGUGUGUAGUGAAUGUGGGAUCCGCGGCGUCUCACUGCGCCUAUCAUGUGAAUAAACAGGCAGACGCGAGCGCUCGUCAGCAUGGAAACGGUCGGUACAACUGUAUUUUAUUAAAAUAUAUCUCAUCUAUAGGCUACAUAUCUCCAGACUAUCAGACUGACGGCACAGGAAGUGCAUUAUUAUCAUACUGUUGGAGAUGUGUCGGCGUUUUUGUUCCGCUGCUUCGCACGGAGCUGACACCCGCCAGCUCACUCUCUCUCCUCCCUGGCUCUCUGAAGCUCUGUACGCCGCUGUUUCCUGGCAAAGGCGGCGGUGCCGGCAUCACGGAGGUCCCCAGGGACCGCCGGUACAAUAACCUUUUAUUUUGAUGUUAAUAAAAUGUACCCGAAUUCACGAAUAUGUAGGAUAUUACUACUGACAUUCACGUAAUAUUACGUCACAAUGCCUGCUCUAUUAGCCAUGUGUUGACUACGUGUUUAUUUGCAUAUAGAGCGGGGAAGAGAGAUCACAAGUGAUCACACAAGAUUUUAUAGUAUUUUUAGUUGCUUUUAACUUAUGUUAGGAAGUAAUUUGUAUAUAAUUUUUCGUCCUAUUUUGACGCUUUUAAUCUGAAAUUGUCUUAACGUUGUAUUGUGAUUGUUUUACCCUUUGUGUGAAGCACUUUGAGAUUUUGCUGUAUUUUAGAGUGUGCUAUAUAAAUUCAAUUUAUUAUUAUUAUUAUUAUUAUUAUUAUUAUUAUUAUUAUUAAGAUGCAUGUGGAGACGCAUUCUAAUACUAGGUGUGAACAGACGUAUUUAAAGCUGUCCACUUGUGAUCGGAUCACUCAGGACGCAUGUUAACGCCAGCGGUGAACAGGACCAUUGUCUAAAUGUUCCCCUGAAAGAAGUUUAGUUCUCUAGAAACUGUUGAUAUCAGGCAUGAUACAUAUGAUUAUUAUUAUUUAUAUGCUGGCAGGGAAACGGGAAGCGAAAUCUGAUCUUGUGCUGAUACGGUAAGCUUGUAAUGUGGUCCUUUAAUAUUUAGCGUGGGCUUCAAUGUAAAUGUUAGUAGUUUCGACCUCGAUCAAGAUUGAAAAAAAAUCAGUCGGUGUUGAGAUGAAAAUGAAGAGAAAAAAGAUUUAGUGGGCAAAGUGUAAAAAUGACUUGGCUUGUGAAAUAUGUUUAUAUUGUGUAGAUUCUGAAAAUGAAAGGCCAAACAGCGAUGCCAAAUAGAAUAGACUGUCUUUUCAUUUUUAUUGUAUCAGAAGGAUAGUUUAUCUGAUGUUUAAGUUCAUACUACAAAUAUCUGUAGAUGCUAAGCCAUGUCCGACAGGGUGCGUAAACAAACCAAACUUUUCAGAGAAACACACUUUAUGUUCCAACGUUUGCACGUCUGCAUUGAUUUGUUUUUAAUAACUGUGACAUCAAAUCUAGAAUGAUCUUUUAGCAGAGGACUUUAACUUAUCAAACAAUGUUUUUAUCUGCUUUAAUCAGUGAUGUUGCUGUUUGUAAAUGGUCACAAUGCUUUGUUGUUAAUGCACCAAAUGUUGAGCUUCAGUGCAGCAGUAGGAAGGAUGUGACGGGGUUUUUUGGUACAGUAUAUUAUCGGGCAUAUCUCCUAUGAAAUGUGUUUCACCCACUUGGACACUUCCAGAAGAACUGGCAGUGAAUUCUCCUCUCGAUGCUGUAAAGACUCACCUACACUACAGCUAAACUAGCAGGACAGUUAGUUUGAACCUCAUAGCUCGAGCAGGUGACGAAUACAGUGGUAGUUUUAUGUGCAGCAGGAUGAGCAAACACUGACACAGAAUUCACAGAGGACUGUUAUUAUUAUUAUUAUUAUUAUUAUUGUUGUUAAUAUUGUUUUGGUUGAUUUAUCAUUCUUUGCUGAUAUAGUGACUUGACGAAUACUGUGACCACAUUGAUUUGUUUAGCUUCAGACGUGUCCAGUGUAUAUAUGACAUAUUUGUGUUAUAUUCCUGAUGUUAUUUACAACACGUACACUGUGUCUCUCAAACGAACGGCCAUGACUUCCUGUAUGCUCUUGCUGCAUGUCAUCCGUCUGUACUCAGAAUAAUCAGUUCACUCUUAGCUAAUUGUCAUUCUAAUAAAUCAAAAUGCCAUCAUUUA